GCAGCAGCGGGCGCUGCAGCCCGUUUGCUCGCAUGUUUACACGGAUAACUUCCGUCCCGGCUGUCGCUCUCUGGUGCUGUGAGCAGUGUUUUGAAUAGAUAGUUAGCUCAGCUGAUUUACAGCAGGAUGGAAGAAGAGGCAAACAGCGGUGUUUCUUCACGGGCAGAGAGGAAGGCGCUGGAAAAGGCCAAAAUACUACAACGAGAGAGCGAGAGGAAGAUUUUUAGACAGGUUGGACGAGCCCUGAAGAAACCCGAGGCCGAGCGGUCGGAGGAGGAGGCCGCUGUGUUACUGCUGCACAGAGAGACUGUAGAGGAGCUGUGCAGGAGACAAGUCCGCAGGAAUGUGCUCAAGAGGAAGCAGGAGGAGGUGUUUGAUGAUGCUGAUGAACUGAAAAGUAAAGUCAGGCAACUCGCUGUGGCCAUCAAACAAGCAAAACACCUGGUGGUUUACACCGGAGCCGGUAUCAGUACGGCAGCUUCUAUCCCAGACUACAGGGGCCCUAAUGGUGUGUGGACACAGCUACAAAAGGGACGGACAGUCAGCUCGUCUGACCUGAGUAAAGCUGAGCCGACUCUCACACACAUGUGCAUUAGGACACUACAUAAGGAAAAUCUGGUAAAGCAUGUUGUUUCACAAAACUGUGAUGGACUUCACUUGCGUAGUGAUCUACCCAGACAAGCCCUGUCUGAACUUCAUGGAAACAUGUUUAUUGAGGUGUGUACAACCUGUUCCCCGGUCAGAGAGUACGUGCGUUUAUUUGACGUGACGGAGCGGACCUCGCUGCACCGACAUGGGACAGGCCGCAGGUGCAGUCACUGUGGCGCCGAACUCAGGGACACCAUCGUGCACUUUGGGGAACGUGGGACUCUGGAGCAACCUCUCAACUGGAAGGGAGCUGCAGAGGCUGCUGGGAUGGCAGAUGUUAUCCUCUGCUUAGGCUCCAGUCUGAAGGUGCUAAAGAAAUACGCUUGUCUGUGGUCCAUGAACAGACCAGCAAGCAAAAGGCCCAAACUCUACAUUGUCAACCUCCAGUGGACACCAAAAGAUGAUCUGGCUGUGCUGAAGAUUCAUGGCAAGUGUGAUGAUGUCAUGAGCCUUUUAAUGGAGGAGCUGAACAUUCAGAUUCCUGUGUAUGACAGGGCAAAAGAUCCCAUCUUCAGUCUCGCCACACCUCUGCAGCCAGAAGAGCUGGACAGCUGUACUCGUGAAGUCAUAGCUACCAUUAACGGACAGGAUGACUGCUCACCAGACCCUGGGAAACAGGCAGAAGAACCCACAACAGUGCAGGGCGGCUGGUUUGGACGAGGCUAUGGCAAAGGAAGGAAGAAGAAAAAAUCUACAUAAUUAAGGGAACGCUUUUGACACAAGCGAUCAAUCUCAAUUACGGAUUCAAAUUUCAGUCCCUUGAUGAGGAUGAGUUGGACUUUUAACUUUAGGGUGCUGUUCUGCAUUUGAAUCAUUUAGCCAGAUGCAGUUUAUGUGUGUGUGUGUGUGUGUGUGUGUGUGUGAUGCGAAAAAUUAAGUAUUAGUUGAGUAUUUGCCAACAGAAAAUGGCAGUUUGCAUCAUAGACAUAUUUUCUAAAACAUACAUACAGUUUUUUAUGUAAAAGUGGCUUUGAUUAUGCUACCCUUUAUGGCAGCUAAGUGUUAAUAGAGCAGAUACUUAAGGCUAGUAUGGCUAGCAGGGCCUGUGCAGCUUGUAAGACAAAAUUUGAAUGACAAAGCCAUGAAAUUAUUUUUACUACCACACACCCUUAAAACUGAAAAAAGUGGGAGGAAAAAAGUAACCCUUGUUGACACGCAACACGUCAGAUUUUCACACAGUCACAGUGGAUACCAACAAGUGACAAGUUUUGAUGAAAAAGCCUAAAUAAUCUGAAUUUGAUCCUCAAGCAUUAUUACUUUUUCUGCUAUCCCUUUGUAUGGUCAGUAAACCACAAACAUUUUAUUUUAAUCAGCAUGAAGCCACAGGUGUUGUAUGAUCCCCUGAAGAUCAGAUUUUUGAUGUAUUAUAACUUUAAGUUCUGUUUAAUGAGUAUUUCUACCAAGUUGGUAAUUGAUGCAUUACAUUAACUAAUGUGCAACAUGCCCCUGGUGUGAGCAUUAUCUAGAUGUGACUGAAAAUACUGGUGUCUAAUGUCUAAGUUACUGUUUAUUUGCUCACUGGCAGUGGUAUUUUUCAGUGACGUGGCAAAUGUCAAAAGAACAGCAGCAGCAGCACUGAGCUUUUUUUUUUUUAUUAUUAUUUCUGUGCUGCCAGAAGAGAUUUAAAAGAUUCAGGAGCUCAAACAUUUUUACAUGGAAUUUUGAGACUCAAAGUUAUUUUUGUAGUCUUUUUCAGACGUUUAAAACUCGCAUUGUUGAAUGUACCUUUUUUUUUAAACGUAGCUUUUUUUGUGAUUUUUAUUUUAUUUUUUUAAAGGUUUUUGGUUUACUUAAGUUAUUUCCUGACACAGUCAGCCUUCACUCUGCUGUUGCUUAUCCUCAGGUUUGCAGGGUAGUACUGUACCUUAGUUUACUGAAGUUGUUGAAUUUGCCUGUGUUUACAUUUUAUUCCAACUUUCCUGCAGACUGUGCAGAGACUCUGCUGUUGUCACAACUUUGCCUGCAGCAGAGUAUGAAGGAAAAAGUCAGUUUCUGUCGUGUUACUGUAAGUUGCUGUUUUGAGUGAUUGGAAACAACCAAAUAUGUCUCUAUUCAUUUGUCUCAGGAAGCUGCAGAAUUAUUAAUAAUCUUAUCCUGUACAAAACGUAUAAUAUGUCAGAGUAGCCAUGAUAAGCUAAUGUUCAGCAUUCCUAAAACUCCAGCCAGCGAUAAAACUGGACGUGAAAACUCACUGGCUUUUUCUUGUAUUUUGCAAAAAAGAUGCAGUGUUUAUGAGACAAUAAAGUAUCCUUAUGUUAAGUUGUCUGUCCUGAGAA